AUGGCUCAAGCGGCGCAGCAGCAGCUCUCGCUUGCGCAAGCUGAGCCGAUGGGGCUAGCUACUAUUCCACAAGGGGUCGUUCCACCGGAUGACUUGCGAAAGCUCGACCCGACGCAGUCCGUGUCUCGUAUAGACCUGAUGCAGAACAGUCAUCAACAGCUGCAGCAGCCAACAACUAUGCUCCGGCAUGCCCUCGGGCAUAGACCGAGCUUGUCGCUGGACCUGGAGGGAUUGCGUAAUUUCCAGCGUUCGACACUGAUCUCCCCAGUCGACGACAUUUUGAACACCGGAAACAAUGACAACGGCGUCCAAGGGCUUCCGACGCCUCAGCUUGAUCACUCGCGCUCGGGCACCACGUCCGCUGCAUCGAGUCGACGUCAAAGCGGAUCGACCAAGGACAGGCCGAUCGCCGGGCUGCCAAGACCGCGAUCAACAUCCCAUCGUUUGACCAACCCAGAAAGGGCGUACGCGAGCAACCCGGUGUCUGCCGCCUUUGUCACCACCCCGCCGGUAUUCACACCACAGGAAUUCAUUGCGGCCGCCAAUGAGUUUCCCGGCUUUGCUCAAGCUGUUGCGGAUAUCCGUAGGAACGAGGCUUCAGCCGCGACUACCCUCGGGGAUGCAAGCGCGCAAGCGAUUCAACAACAGCAGCAACAGCAACAAGAAGCAUUACAUUCGCAAUUGCAACCACAACAGCAACAGAGCUUGCAAGAUCAGUUACUUUCGGGCAUGCCGCCAGGGACGAAUGGGCUCGGAUUCAACGACCUCAACGUGCUCCAGCCCACAUCCGCGACUGGCUCGUUCCCUGCGUCGCCCAAUCACAUAGGAACGCAGGCAUUUGUUCCGACUCAUGCUGGCUUGCAGACCGUUCCGCUGAGCUCUGCACCUUCCUCCGCUUCGACGUGUGUAUCUCCAGUAUUGCAGCAACAACAACAACAACAACAGCAGCAGCAGCAGCAGCAGAUGCAUAUGCAUAUGCAGUUGCAGCAACAGCAGCAGGAUUUUUCGACUCUGCAGCAACAGAUCCACAGCGCCCCGGCUUCAGCUCAUGGGUCGGCACCGCACUCUGCAGACCCCAGUCCAGCGAUCGCUUCCAUUGCCGUCAUGAGUCCCGGUCAGUCCUCCGUCGUCGGGAGCGCUGGCCCGAUGCAGCAAGCUUUCGACCCUCCUAGAAGCCUUGCGAUCGCCAACAAUUCCUCGGCAGCUCCUGUUUUGCAAAUAGGACGCUCAUUUGCCGAUGUGGCACAAGCCCAAGCGCAGUUGCAUCAACGGCAGCAGCAACAGCAACAGCAACAUGAAACAGCACAGCUACAAGAGCAGCAGCAACAGGCCCAGAUGCAAGAGCAGCAGACACAAGCGCAAAUGCAGCAACAGAUGCAGCAGCAGCAUCAACUGGAACAGCAGGAACAGCAGCAGGAGCAGCAGGAGCAAGAGCAGCGACAACAUGAACAUCAGCAACAGCAGCAGCAAAACAUGUCCAACUCUUUGUCCCAUAGCUUACAAUCAGUCCCCGCUUCUGCUCCAAGUUCAGCAUUGUCGCAAGGGAUGGUGCCAGGGGCUACACCAGGACAGCAAAAUGAUGCGCCUGUCACAAAUGUAGCCACCUCCAAUGGAGUGCCUGCCCCAGGAUCGUCAGGGCAGAUUCCAUCUAGUGGCAUGCAGAUGCCAGCGGGAGCUGUCGAUGCGAUGAAGGCGCCUGGCGCGUCCAUUUCGGCUAUGCAUGCGGCCUUAUCUGCGAUGGUGAAGUCCUUCCCAGUCAGCACCCCGCAGCCUCAGACACCUAUUCGCGCAGCGACGAACGUUCCGGCAGAUGCUGCUCAAGCUGGUAGCGGCGUUAUUGGGCAGAUUGGGCAGCUACUCGACAGCGUUGUGACCUUGGCAAACAGUGCACGCGCCCACUUCCAGCAGGGUCAGCAUACAGACAGCAGCAUCUGCCUCAGCGACCUGCAGCGGGCUUUGGCUCAAAUUGGAGAGUUGGGAUCGCGGAGUUUGGCAACUGUCAGAGCUGAGUACCCGCCUAUGAACGAUGUAGGCGUGGUCAGUGUGCCGGAUCAGACGCCAGAUGACAGCCCCACAACACUAAAGAAGAGACCAGUCCUUCCGGAAGAAGAUAUGAUGCAGCCUUUCAAAACGUUGCGGGCCAGAGAUGGGACGCACAUCCAGCCUCCGCUCCCACUGCCAUCAGCACCGCCUUUUUUGAGUACAGAGACGUUUACAUCACAGCAUGCUCUGCAGCCGCUGAAUCCCCCGCAGUCAGCAAUCACAUUGCUGCAAGCUGCCUCUGCGCCGAACCCUCUCGAGUCCCACGUGGCUUCAUCGGUUGGACCUGGGCCUGCAUCCAUAUCUUCCAGUGGUGCCUCGCAGCUCGUUUCACCCGUCGCCCACGCCUUUCCGCACUCGGCGAGCGCCCAGCCCUCCGCCACAACCUCUCCGGCAGUCGCAAGUCCUUUUUGUUUUCCCGCGGUACCGCCGCAUGCGCCAAAGCAACCCAGCAAUCUCAAUCCUGCUGGCAAGAGCGCUAACGUUGCUGGAAAUGCGAGCGUGACAUCCACACCUCCUGUCCGCAUCACGUCGUCGCUGCCGACAGGCUUGGAUGGCACUACUGGUACCAUUCAGAUGACGCAGACAGACCCUUUGGCCAUGAUGGCUGCUCCAAAUCAAGCUUUUCAGACAACACCCCAGCCCGUGUUUGGUGCGGACUCGGUGAGCAGUUCGCCUGCCUUUCAUGUGCCGCAGCUCAAGCUGUCGCAAGAAGGUCACACCGCUGAGAGUGCGGCGAGAAAUGAACAGUUUGAUGGUCACGCGGAUGACGAUGAUUGGAGCGAUCAUGAUGACGGCGGUGACGACCACGAUCACGAUCGUGACGACACAUGGGACUGGGAAGAGUCUGGCUCUUCGUCGUUGCACCAGCUAGCGCCUUCACCCGACGCGCAGAACGGCCAGGCUAGGCCACCAUCGGACCCGCUGCUGGCUGCCGAGUCUUCCCUGAAGCUCAACCUGAACCCCAAGGAAGAUGGUGCGCCCGCCGAAGUGAUCACUGGAGGUGCUGCUGUCGGCGACGAUAAAGAGCCGAGUGCAGCGUCACAAGUUGGAUCGGAGUUGAAGAAACGGCUGGAUGCCAUCUUCUGGGACUUUCUCAAUGAGCUUUGCUCUAAUCUCGAUGCCAAAGAUCAUCGCGGUGAACUGAUACACCAGUCGCUCAUGCCAAAGAAGAUGGCGCGGCUCGAAGAAUCGCCGGACUUCCGGCCCUUUCGUUUUCGUAUUCAAGCAUUCACGAAUGCGUUUCAGGCUGAGAUCUAUCGUCGAGGCGUGAGCGAAACAGAGUGUGGCGUCAAGAAGGUCAAGCAGUAUCUCUGGACCCAGAAACUGAUCGCUCGGUACAACGAAGACGGCAAGAAGGCCAAGUCGAGGGGAAACCACAUUUGGAUCGUUGACGCGCGCAAGCUCCCCGUGGGAGGCUGGGAGUUCCGCGAGUUCCGCAGGCGCAUAGCGGGGGUGCCCAAGCAGGCCUACUUAGGGGCUACGUGGCGCUGGCAUCUGAGGAUCUGGGAUCCACAGGUACCUUCGUCCAAUAUUCGCGCCGUCUUCUCCGCGCCAACUCUGCCAUUGUGGAUUCGCUGGGAAGACGAGAAUGACCGGCAAGUCCUCUUGGGCACACCAUCCUCCACACAAGACAGCAGCUACCUGCGCGUCAUUGCGCAUUAUGUUCACGGCAACCAGCUGCAUGAGCUGGACCAUGCUGUCAACCUCGAGAUCCUCGAGCUGCAGACGGUAGAUGGCCCGAUCUCCAUCAUGGAAGCCCAGCAGCAGACGGAUACUGCGAAUGCAGAGCCGAGGGAUCAUGCGAAUCUCCCUUCGACAGCGAACGAUGUCGCGCCGUUCCAGAUGGAUGCCACCAUGUCGGAUCCCCAGGAGACUGUGCAGGAGGCCAUCGUCGCUCCGUCGCAAGUGUCCAACGUGCUACAAGCCAUCUCCUUCCCGUUUUCCUGA